AUGCCCUCCUUUUUCAAGAGGUCCAAGGCCAAAGAAAGGGAGGCAGAGGCAGAAAAGGCCAAGGCAGAUCGCCCAGCAACACCUCCCCCCGCCUACGACGCGGCACCAGACGAGCCUCCGCCAUUCGAAGACCAACCACCACCAUUUGAAGCUCACAGCGGGUCCAAAGGCAAGAGGCCCUACACCGAGCAGGAUGUCGCCAAUCUUACGAGCGCCUUCGGCUCGCUGCGACUCGGCACCCAGAGAGAUCCCGACGUGGACUCCUGUCUCGCUCAUCUGAAGCUCCUCUACGCCAUUGAGACGCUGAAAGAGGAUGUAGGCUACAGCGAUGGUCUAUGGGACCUGUGGGAUUCGCGAGCCGGACCCAAGGACGGCGACGACGGUUCCAGCAAGGGUAGUCAGGACCGGGUGAAGGAGUUAUUGGCAAUGUUGCGCGAGAAGAGGUGGGCUGUCUACUUGGCGCGGGCGGCGGAUCGAUAUCAGACUUGGUGGAAGAUGCUCUCUGGAGGAAUUCGCCUGCGUGAAGAGGAGAUGAAGGACGCCGAGACGUUUUCAGAUAAGUAUUUGAACUUCCCUGAAGGAGGUGAAGACUAUCCCUGGACGGUCGAUAAUCUGCCACCCCUAGAUGUUCUCAUGAUCUGGCAUGCGCACAUGCUGAAUCCCAGAGCCUUUCUGGAGGACACUAUGCGCUUCAACCUACGUAGAUUCUGGACGACGGGGAUGCCGUGGGGUCAGGUCAACCAAGUCAUUGACUCCAAGUUCAACUACGAGGUUUCUGAUGUGGCUAAGGCGAAGUGGGAGAAGGCAACAGGAAGGACGUGGAACAAUCUUGACGAGCCACAGGAGAAGCAACUCGAAUGCCCAGCAUGCAAGCAGACUAGUGUAGUCCCUUGGACCACAUGCGGCUUACCAGAGCUGUACAAGGGUGAAGAGCGGCCAGGUUUGGCUGGGAAAGGAUACGGCGAUGGAGACUUCUCUCAAUUGUGCACAGGCUGCAACACCCUUAUUACGCAUCGUCUACUUUGCGUCGCCAAGAUGGUCAGCGACACGGAGCUAUACCUCAGCGAGGGCAUCACCCUCCCCAGCACCGUCCUCGAUCCAAAAGUGGGCAUGCCGGUCGCCACUGAGGCAAAGCUCAGGGAAGUUACGUUUCCCAACAGGCUCAUCGGAAUAGGAAUUUCAGAGAAGCUCUUGCAACUCGUCGAGCCUGGCCAACCAAAGACGCCUACGAUGAAGGAUGUUCGAGACCUCGUUACUGCCGCACUGGCCGACGACGACACUUUUGCAAGAAUACAGGAGGUGAAGCCAGCCCUUUACGUCAAGAAGGACGGGACAGGCGGCAAGGUCAUUACGCGAACGGAACGCUUUCAGAGUAGCAAGAUGAUGUCGAGGUACUGGGAAAACAGCUCAAUCUUUGCUCUUGACCUCGUUGGAGCGACCGUACGCCAGGGAGUGUUCAUCGGCAAAAUGUUCAAUAUUGACUGGCUACACAGCCCCAACGCGCGGGCAACCAUGGAUCGACUCAUCCAAAAGUACCAACGCUUCAUGCUGAUCAUGACAGAGUACCCCUUGUCUUUGACAGUACCUACUCUGGAUGUGGACCUUGCAUGGCACACUCACCAGUUGGCCCCGAGAGCUUACUACAAAUUUUCGACAUUCAACAGCGCAAUGAGUGCCAGCAAGGAAGCCAAGUUCAUCGACCACAACGACAAGAUUGACGAAGACCAGCUCUCCCAAUCGUUCGAGUCGACUAGCAAAACAUACUUGGAGAAGUUCAACGAGGUCUAUUCGGAAUGUACAUGUUGGUACUGCGAAGCCAUCGACACGUUUGAGAAAGCAUCAGCCUCGCAGAUCUGUAACCCAUCCACAUCAGUCCACAUAUCCGCCCACAACGCCGUUCGCUCGGAUGGGUCAGCUACUCACAACGCAACGCAUCGCCAACAACGCGCAGUCUGGAAAAUGCGUCUCGACGACGCCUACGAGCGCGCAAAGAAGCGUGCGGCGAAACGAGGAAAGACGCUGCCGCCAAAGGAGGAGUUUUACGACAACUGGGGAAAGACGCAUCACAGAGACUCCCCUUACACGUAUCCCGCGUACCUAAUCGGAGGGGUCUAUCCCGCUGGACACCCUAGCGUCAUCCAUGGAUCUUGGGCCGACUGCGCUCAGGGACUUUGUGGUACGAAUGAAAUUGCUGCUGGAGGGUGUGGUGGCGCUGGUGGAUGCACCAACCUGGCUGGUUACUGGUCUGGAACAAGUCGGCAAGUUGGCGCCUGUGCUUAUGGCGUGGUCGCCAUGGGUUCAGGAGGAGGAUGCGGUGGCGGCGGCGGCGGCGGAUGUGGUGGCGGAUAA